AUGAGAUUGACUGUGAAUAUUAUCUAUCUAUCUAUCUAUCUAUCUAUCUAUCUAUCUAUCUAUCUAUCUCCGUCUUUUCAUAUCUAUCUGGAACUGAGACUGACUGUGAAUAUCUAUCUAUCUAUCUAUCUAUCUAUCUAUCUAUCUAUCUAUCUAUCUAUCUAUCUAACUCAGUCUUUUCAUACCUAUCUGAAACUGAGACUGACUGACAGUGAAUAUCUAUCUAUCUAUCUAUCUAUCUAUCUAUCUAUCUAUCUAUCUAUCUAUCUAUCUAUCUCAGUCUUUUCAUAUCUAUCUGAAACUGAGACUGACUGUGAAUAUUAUCUAUCUAUCUAUCUAUCUAUCUAUCUAUCUAUCUAUCUAUCUAUCUCAGUCUUUUCAUAUCUAUCUGAAACUGAGACUGACUGUGAAUAUUAUCUAUCUAUCUAUCUAUCUAUCUAUCUAUCUAUCUAUCUAUCUAUCUAUCUAUAUAUCUAUCUAUCUAUCUAUCUAUCUCAGUCUUUUCAGAUCUAUCUGAAACUGAGACUGACUGACAGUGAAUAUCUAUCUAUCUAUCUAUCUAUCUAUCUAUCUAUCUAUCUAUCUAUCUAUCUAUCUCAGUCUUUUCAUAUCUAUCUGAAACUGAGACUGACUGUGAAUAUUAUCUAUCUAUCUAUCUAUCUAUCUAUCUAUCUAUCUAUCUAUCUACCUUACCCAGCUAUGAAUUCCCAACUAAUUUUGAGUCAUACUCACUGCUUUAAAACUUAUCGCUGCGUCGCGUCCCCCAGAGGCAGGAUAAUUUGGGAACGAUUCAAAAGUACCUUGGUUCAUGGUUUGGGUGGAUGGAUGACGGCAAGCUGUGGUCUGGCCCUCGGCGGGAAUCCCUACAUAUUAAAUGAGUCUUUUUCUUUCUUUCUUUCUUUCUUUCUUUCUUUCUUUCUUUCUUUUCCAUAA